ACUGCACACGAGGAAGAAAUACCGUAUCGUACUCGUACUGUAUGUACCAUAUGCACUGUACUAGUGCUUGUAACGUCUGUGGCUCCCUCCGUUACCGACACUUCGGACCCCCCCUGGAACAGACGAAAUCCAAUCAACUCCCUUUCCCCUCCCUGAGCAUAACCUAACCCAACCUCACCAGUCAACCAGGAAAGGACUUUUUUAUAUUUUAUAUUCCCUUCCCGACCCACUCUAGCGCAUCACCUCCAUAACUCACAUUACGAUGGAAAGCUGAAACACACACGCGCCGGAUAACUCACGCAUACACCCUCAACCUGGCCCCAAGCAAGACAACACCUUAUCCCGACUUGACACACCACCGGUAUCCUAGGCUAGCUUAACGCUCAAGGGUGAGUGAGAGCUACCUACUCACCUACCUUCUACCGUAUGUCUCUAUCCAUUCAUCUCAGAUAACUCUGACGGCAAAGCUGGAUUGCGCAGCCACGCACCCGCCUGCACACCAGCAUCACUCAAUCGGCGCUCCCCAGAGAAACGAACGAGAGCGACGAAGAAGAGCACAUGUAACCGCCAAUGGACCCCCCAACAGACCACACCCUGCACAUCUCCCGCGAAGACCUAAACUACCUGACGGCAACCCAACGCCGGCUCCACCACCACGGUCAUCAACACCCAUCAACCCCAUCCUCCUCCUCAACCACCAACACCGCCAACAGCGGUGGCUCGCUGAACCUAGAUCCCCAGGCGCUCGCUGCGCUGUCGAAUCAUUUUGAUGCGUUGUUGGCGGCGAUCACGAAUCGAGUUGAGACGGUAUAUAAUAUUCCUUCUACUUUUCUUUGACACUCCCAUUGGGGUUGGGGUGGGGGGGAGGCGAGAGGGACUUUUAGCUAAUUUGGUCAUCUGUUGGUUAUUUAUUAUAUAGUUGUCCACCCAAACGGUCCGGAGCACGCAGGCCUCUCACCGGCGAGCGGGGGGUGUCGUGGAGGCGGCUACGGUUGAGAUAGAGACGCUUAAGGACGUGCUUAGGCAGUGCGACGAGCUGCAAAAUGAGUUCCUAAAGAUUCGGAGGAUUGGCGAGAUCGUCAAAGGGUUUAGGGCUAGGGUUGAUGCCCUCGAGAGGAGGAUUGGGAAGUAAAUCAUGCUCCUGCGAUCAUUGGAGGUUUCUCCUUUGGGUAAAAGCGGGGGGGGGGGGCUAUCUUUCUUGUCUCUAUUCUUGUCUCCUUUGGUUUAUAUUUUUUCUAUCCGAUAGAUGAUGGGGGCGAAUAUCCUUUGUAAUUGUGAUCCCUCUUACCUCCCUUUCCUUCUUUUUCUUCUUCUCUUCCUCGAUUUCCCUUUUUCUCUUAUUUAGGAAAGACAUCAAAGCUCGAGGAGGGAGUGUGAUUGAACUACGGAGUUGGUGUUUUUGUGUUUUAUAUUUUCCGUUAUCUUUGGCUCUACAUUGUAUCGCACGGGAAGCGUGGGCGCCUUCGUUUCCUUAUUCACAGUUGUUGGAUCCUUUUUCAACUGUGUGUCUCCUUGCUGAAAUAGCUUUAUUUCGCGCUGCUAACCUACCUAUCUAUAUCAAUUGCUAAUCACACUCGCACCUG